GCCAGCGCACCAUUGGUGUCAUCACAAAGCUGGACUUGAUGGAUGAAGGAACUGAUGCCAGGGAGAUCCUAGAAAACAGGUUGCUUCCCUUACCCAGAGGUUAUGUGGGCGUGGUGAACCGCAGUCAGAAGGACAUCGAUGAGAAAAAAGACAUUAAGGCAGCUCUGGAGUCAGAGAGGCGGUUCUUCCUGUCCCACCCAGCCUACCAGCACAUGGCUGAAAACACAGGGACUCCAUAUUUACAAAGAGUCCUCAACCAGCAACUAACAAACCACAUCCGAGACGCACUGCCAGCCUUCCGCAGUCACCUGCAGAGCCAGCUUCUGGCCUUAAAGAAAGAGGCUGAGGAUUACAGCCAGUUCCAUCCAGACGACCCUGCACGCAGGACCAAGACCCUGCUGCAGGCAGUUCAGCGCCUGGCUGCUGACUUUGAGAAGUUCAUUGAAGGUUCUGCAAACAAAGUAGACACAGUUCAGCUAUCGGGCGGUGCUAGGAUUAAUAAAAUCUUUCACGAGCGCUUCCCACGUGAACUGGUUCAGAUGGAGUCAGAUGAGAGGAAGCUGCGGCAGGAAAUCAACUAUGCCAUCAGAAACACACACGGUGUCAGGACAGGCUUGUUUACACCUGACUUGGCUUUUGAAGUCAUAGUGAAGAAACAAAUAUCAAGUUUAAAAGGGCCAUGUAUUAAAUUCAUUGACUUGGUCAGUCAGGAGCUAAUUACAACUGUGGAUGAGUGUGUCAGCAAGCUCAGCUCCUUUCCCAAACUGCGAGACGAGACGGAGAGGAUGGUUAUCGAUGAAAUCCGAGAGCAAGAGAGGAAAUGCAGAGAGCAGGUCUUGUUGCUUAUUGACAUUCAGCUGGCCUACAUAAACACCAAACAUGAAGACUUCAUUGGCUUUACUAAUUCCCAGCCGGUGCACAAUCACAGCAACACAAACACACCAGCACAGAGCCCUAAGACUCAGGGCGUGGCCAAACUCUCAAGUCUAAUA